AUGCAAACGCUCGCAGUGGCACAGACAGACAUCAUGCGGCUAAUUAUCAGAGACGAUCCCAAAGCUGCAUCCCAAUACAUCGCCGACUAUGUCAUUGAGCGCAUUAAGGCCUUCAACCCUACACCUGAGAAACCCUUCGUGUUAGGGUUGCCCACUGGCAGCAGUCCCGUCUUAAUCUACGAGCAUCUUGUCCAGCGCCACAAAGCGGGACAAGUCUCGUUCCGCAAUGUGGUCACAUUUAACAUGGACGAGUAUGUCGGUAUCCCACGAGACCAUGCCGAAAGCUAUCACAGCUUUAUGUACAAGCACUUCUUCUCACAUGUUGACGUGAAACCUGACAACAUCAACAUCCUCGACGGCAACGCGCCCGACCUAGAAGCUGAAUGCCAUGAGUAUGAAGAGAAGAUACAGCGUGCGGGUGGUAUUGAGCUGUUUUUAGGCGGCAUCGGACCAGAUGGGCACAUUGCCUUCAAUGAGCCAGGCUCCAGCUUGAAGUCUCGAACUCGUGUGAAGACACUGGCGUACGACACCAUUCUAGCCAACUCAAGGUUCUUCGGGAACAAUCUGGAUCAAGUGCCGAGAAUGGCAUUGACAGUUGGAGUUCAAACGGUGCUGGAUGCACGCGAAGUCGUUAUUAUAAUAACGGGUGCGCACAAGGCUCUAGCCCUUCAAAGAUGCAUCGAAGGUGGUGUGAAUCACAUGUGGACACUGUCUAGUCUGCAGAUGCACCCCCACCCAAUGAUUGUGGUUGACGAGGACGCCACCUUGGAGCUGCAGGUCAAGACAGUCAAGUACUUCAAGAGCAUCGAGAUGGUAGGAGACGAACUGGGGAUGCGCCAGAAGCUCCCUAGAAAGCGCGACUCGCUUGUGGACGAGGGUACCUUGCUAGCCCCUGACCAAGAGAACGGUAUCAGGUUGACUGUGCCGCAACUUGAUCUCUCCCGUUCAGCAAGUCCAGUCCUGGAACCAAUGAGCGCCCGCCUCACCGACGAGGAAGCAAGUGCAUUGCGUCCCGUGGACGUGGAUAUGGAUGAGGUCGCAGAUCAACCUUCGGUCCGAAUGAGCGCUCGCGUCGCCAGCUAG